AAGAGGAGUGUUCUUUCUGCUCUAGAAGGAUGCAGAACCCCUGACCUCUGUCUGGACAGUGCUGAUUGGCCCUGUGCUGGUCACAUUCACUCUCCCAGGAAGGAAAAAAAAAAACCUCUAGCAAUACACACCAAACUGAGCAUGUGCACAGUGACUCCACUCUUAUCAGGAGAAGGGGAGGAUCAGAGAACUGAGGAUCAAACAGCUUUUUUUACUCAAUGCAGAGGAUUAACCCCUUAGGUUCCACAUUGAGUAUAACAAGCAUGCAUUACUGCAUAUACAGACUGAUUUUACAGUUGUGGGUUUAGUAACACUUUUUAA